ACAGGCAGACCGUUUCGGUUCAUAGUGGCAAGUGCAAAAAUAUGUUGUCUGUAUUGUACUAGUGCCUGAUUUACGACAUAUAUAUUCACUGAAAAAUUUUCACAAACAUUCUACUAUCAAACCUGUAGUUGAUACUUUGAGGAGGAACUUUGAGAAAAUAUGGCAACAGCUACAACAGAUAUAGAACAUGUGAAGAUCGUAUUGCUGGGUGGAAGGUGGGGAGGAAAAAGUUCCUGUGGAAACACCAUCCUGAAUAAGGAGGUGUUUGGAAGCGAUGAACAAACAGAAGUCUGCAUAAUGGAUACAAACAAAAUUGCAGGCAUGCAAGUGACCGUGGUUGAUACACCAAGUUGGAACUGGGUUCCUGCAGAAGCCUCAUCAGAUGAACUUAAGCAGGAACUCAAGCGCAGUGUUGAGAUGCUCGGCGAAGGGCCCCAUGCCUUUCUACUGGUUUAUCCAUUAGGAGCUCCGUUUUUGAAGAGACACAAAAUUGCUGUGGAAGAACACUUGGCACUUUUGGGUGCUUAUAUUUGGGACUGCACUAUGGUCUUGUUCUCUCGGGGAGAUUGGUUAGGAGAGGUUACCAUUGAGCAGCAUAUCGAAGGAGCAAAGGAAGAAUUCAAGUGGUUGGUGGAUCGGUGUGAGAAUAGGUAUCAUGUUCUCAAUAAUAAGGUGAAGACAGAUGAGAUGCAGGUCAUUGAACUCCUGGAGAAGAUCCAAAGGAUGAUUCGAAGAAAAAGAAAGAGAAGCAAGGACGAGCCACCUUUAAUGGCUGGAGAAACACCUGCAACAGCUGAACAUGGAGAAACCUCAGGCACUCAAAAGAAACUUAAAUAAGUGUGACGGGACACAUUGGGUGAUAUUAUUUUUAUUUAUGUAUCUAAACAAGUGGUUUUAUCAAUUGUUUUUUGAUAUUUUGGUGACAAUUUAUUUUUUUAACAGCAUUUUUUCUAUAGAUUUUCUGUAAAGUUUGUUAUAUUGUACUGUAUGAAAUACUAUACUGAAAAUAUUCAAAGAGGUCCAAAAAUGGCCGCAAGCUGACUUACUGUAAGGUAAACAUCGUAAAGCAUCAUUCAGAAGAGUUUACUUGAUUUUCACUCAAGAAAAUGCUUGUUACUGAAGGAUGUUGGAAUAAUAUUCAUUAAAUGUUUACAUAGGUUGUUAUAAAACCAGUGGUCAUAAACGGUCAGUGUAGGUCUUACGUAGCCUUAUGAGCUCCAUGCCGAACUACAAUGCUACCCACUUGCAUGUUUUGUUUAAUAUUGCAUCAAGUUACAAGUAAGGUGUUAAGCAGUGCAAAAGCAAACUAAAGUAAACUUCACCACUGACUGUAAUUCCUGUUUAUAGUGAUUUGUUUUAUUUAUCCAGAAAGUGUCUUUUUUACAGUUGUAUAUUGCUCUUUAUACGAAUUACAUUUGUACCAAUUGACAUACUGUAUUGUCGGUUUGCCUCAUAAACAAAACAGUGCAGCGUAACAAUGUUAAGCUACCGGAGUAAGUAUUAAUCUUUCACCCAGUACCUGAAAUGGUAGAGAACAUCAACAAGAAGAGCUAUAUUCAAAUUAAGUGUACCAUAAAAGAAAAACAUAAUGAUAUGUUCACAGUGAGCUUCUGGUGCUAAUCUAUUACUUGCGUACAGUUCAUUUUCAUUAAAAUAAUGUGAGAAGUUUUUGUUUGUAUCUUGGAUUGAUCUCACAAGGGGACAGUGUUAUUACUACUCACUCACUCACUCAUUUUCUACCGCUUAUCCGAACUACCUCGGGUCACGGGGAGCCUGUGCCUAUCUCAGGCGUCAUCGGGCAUCAAGGCAGGAUACACCCUGGACGGAGUGCCAACCCAUCACAGGGCACACACACACUCUCAUUCACUCACACACACACACUACGGACAAUUUUCCAGAGAUGCCAAUCAACCUACCAUGCAUGUCUUUGGACCGGGGGAGGAAACCGGAGUACUCGGAGGAAACCCCCGAGGCACGGGGAGAACAUGCAAACUCCACACACACAAGGCGGAGGCAGGAAUCGAACCCCAACCCUGGAGGUGUUAACCACGUGCUAACCACUAAGCCACCGUGCCCCCGUGUUAUUAUUAAUGCUGUUAAAAAUGGGUUAAAUAUAAAUAAACGUUUUCAAACCAAGGGGAUAAAA